UUUAAUGAUCGGCUUUAAAUGAGGGGCCACCCAGGCCCAAACUGCUGGCGGCAUUCUUGCGAGAAUUGCGAAGCUCAACUAUUUGCGUGAUGGAACGUCAAGGCGAAAACAGCUAAUGAAAUGCGUCUUAUUGGGCUAAUCGGGGUAUUGGCGGGUUUACUUGGUGAAGUUAGCUCUGCGAGAUGCUCAAACGACAGGUGUUUGAACGGUAAGUUGAAGGAAGGCAUGCAUAUGAAGAAGUACCAGGCUGAUUUGGCUGUAGCGGUGAGCAGGGCGCCGUCGCGUUUGAGGAUCUCGGAUUGCGAGAGUCUUUUUAGGGUGACGUUGAUACCUUCGACAAGGUAUGAAGUUUCUGUGAUUGGCUGGAUCUGUCAGUUGAUAUUGAUAUAGGACUUUCAUCGAGACCGCAACUAUCGUUACGACAGACACUACCACCAUGACCACAGUAGCCACGACAAAGAUCACAGCUACAGCAGUAGCCUCGAAGAGAUGGGAGGAGCAACGUGAAGCCAUCGAGAUUCUACUCAGGAGGGCACUGCCACGGUCGACCCCUAGUAUAAGCGUCAAGCAGAAGACUCCCAGCUAUGCAUCGCCUUGUACUUCUUUGGCUGCCUACUCAAAUGCAUGUAGUUGCUUGGGCGUUGGGCACACCACUACAACUGCCUCGACUCCAAGUACAACAAGGACAGUCAGCAUCUCAAAAUCUGCAACUGUAACCAAAAUCGCAACAAUUGUGACCACAGAAACCCUUAUUGUUGUUAGCAACAACAGUGUCAUCUCCAACAGUUCCACAAAGGCGGGCUUCACAAAUUCGACAGCCUUGCUGACGAUUUCUGCGAGCUCAAUAACCUCAAGUGGGAGGUCAAGUACCCUCGAAAGCUUGACAGCUUCUUCCAAUCUGAGCAAUGCCAAAAGCGACAAGGGUGGUGAGGAUUUGACGAGCAGCAGCUCAACUAACACCGAAGCUGCUUCGUCGAGUACUACCGAACUUGUAAGCAAGGAAGAAACUGGGGGCUCCACGGCCGGAGUUUAUAUAAAUUCAACAGCUUCGGCCAUAUACGCAAACGCGACCACCGACAUUGGACAGUUUGCAAAUGUCACGACACCCAUCGCGAACACUACAAGGACACAACUCGCCAAUGGAGGGACCAGUACUGGACACGUAAAUAUGACAGUCUCAACCCCGAUGCUGAACGCGACAGCCACUGGCCUCUUCCCCAACAGCACUUCUCUGCCAAUUCUGAAUGGAACAGCGCCAACAACACAAGUCAGCACGGCAAACACCUCAACCGCUCUGUUCAUGAACGCGACCGCCUCGACAGGACUUUUGAAUGCCACUUCUGUCUUGUUAGUCAACGCGACAAGCGUGCCUGUCCUGAAUAUCUCGACGUCGGCACCGUAUCUCAAUGCAACCAAUUCCUCAAUUGGCAGUCUCACCACAUCAGUGCCUUAUUUAAACGCUACUGUAAUUCCGUGGCUGAACACAACCAAGUUGCCUGCUGCGAACGCGACAUCUGUUCAUUUCAGCAAUACCAGCAGCUCAACUACGACACCCAUUUCAACGUAAGUGGAAAUUAAACAAGCCGUGCCCUUAUCUCUAUGAACCUUCCGGGACUGACUCUCAUAAACCUUCAUAUGAGAAUAUCCUCAAAACUCUUGAUUCAUGGACUGGGUAAUCUGUAAGACUGACUA